GCACGCUGAUAAUGUAAACGUGAUGGAGCUAGAUAUUGUAACGUCUGAUGAAUCACAACUUGCUGGGCAAAUCCAAAUGAACUACCAGCCCAAAGUAUCGAUCCAGCUGAGCCAAUCCAUCUACAGCCCGGGAGAUUUUAUGAAGUUUCGUGUUCUAUUAACAAACGAGCAGUACAAACCCGUGCCUGGCGCAGAACGAUCGUUCAAUGCGACCGUGUAUCUCGAAGACGAUGCAGGUUUUAAGGUACUAUCGUGGAGCGUUCCCAUUACACCGGGCGAGAUCUACUCCAGUGGGUAUCUGUUUAGUGAUCAUCUAAAUCUGGGCACCUGGACUCUGGCUGUCACUAUUGACGAUGCAACGACGUCCAAAUCGUUCCAAGUGAUGCACUACUCAGCUCCCAUCCACAAAAUAGUGAUCGAAACAGACGGCAUCAGUACGAUCCAAGACAAGCGACUCGUGAUGAACGUGUCGGCUAUGUACAGUUUUGGCAAACCUUUGAAGGGGAUGCUUACGCUGACGGUUACGGGCGAUCGCUCGACGAUCGAGUCGAGCACUAACAUCGUUGGCGAGGCACAGAUCACACUUCCUCUGGAAAAGUUGAUUGCCGUAAACGAUAGAAGUCAAGCUGUUCGGGAGAUAAGCGUGAGAGCGACGCUGUUGACAACGAACCACAUCACUAACCGCACCUAUCAAUAUGCCAGGACAAUACCAAUCUACACCUUCCCCCACAAACUAACCCUGCAGAAGAUGGUAGGUUACGAACCGGGACAAAAUGCCACCAUUCUCGUACAGCUCACGAACGCGAUUGGAGAACCUCUGCAUGGAACAUCAUUGCGAAAGGUGUCCAUAACGGUGUGGUCGGAAGAUGACCAAGAUGUUACUUUUGAACAGCUACUGGAUGACAAGGGCACUGCCGUAGUGUCCAUCGUAACGCCAGAGCUAGCUGAUCAUGUAACGUUUGAUGCUUCCUACGAAGGCGCAACAUCAUCGCUGACCGUCCAUAUGGCAUCAGCCGCUUUCACGAAGCACCUUAUAGCGUCCAAUCAGCUACAUAUUGAUGCCGUGAAGCGAGAUCGACUAAAGUACAACGUAAAGGUACACGCCAAUCACGACUUGCUUGUUGGGAUAGCCAUUUAUGAUGGGGUUCUGGAUCUGAAACAGAUCUCUACAUAUAUGGAUCUCUCUCAUAACUGCACAAUUGAUCGGCAGCGUGAUGAUGUAUCAGUGGUUUCAAGGUAUGAUCUGCUGAAAAUGCCACCAUUGGCCUCGAACACUUCGAGUGCUCCUGAUGAGAGUGCAAAUGAUCUAAGAUCAUUGCUGCUAUGGGAGAGCCGACAUACUAGCAAUGGGUCGGCAAACUUUGCGGUAAAAGUCCCAACGUACGUAAAAUCCUGGACAGUCACUGCUUUAGCCUACAGUCCGACAGAAGGGCUUCUAGUGGCCCAGCCGAAAACGUAUCAUCGCGAGGACCCGCUCGAGAUUCAUCUGCAUGUUCCCUACUCGGUAACCAGGUUGGAAGUGGUACCUGUGGAUGUAUACGUGGUCAAUAACGAUGAUAGACCGGUCGACUUGGUAUUCAUAGAGCUGUCGAACGAAGCUAAUGAAUUUAGUUUCAUGAACAACUCGGGCCGAACUGAUGCCAUAUUCAAAACCGUUCGAGGACGGCUCGAGCCAAACUCAGUUCAACGGGCCGAGUUUCUCAUUAGGCCCAAAAAGUUGGGUUCCAUCAUUCUCAAAGCCAACGCGUACGCCAGUAACGGCGCAAACUUCUCCUCUGAGACGAUCCUACGCGCGGUGCCGGAAAGCGUGCAGCGAUCUGGUCGUAUAGUGCGGUACUUUAAUCUUGAAAAAUCGGACACAGUGUUCAAGAAGCUCAAAAUACCAAUUCCGCGUACUGCAGAAUCGGGAACGGAGAGGAUUAUCGUUUCGAUACAGGAGGAACAGAAUCAGGUUGUUUCAUUAUCCGUCCCUAUGCUGUUGGAUACGCUCGUCGAAGCGGAUCCAUUUACGAUGGCCACGAAAGCUGCGUUAAUGCAGGACGUACUACUCGAGGGACAGGUCCAAUGGACCGAAAGGUGGGCGAAGGCUAGCGAAAUGAUCCGCAGGUCUGUUCGAAAGAUCGAGGCACUUGCCAGUCAGGACGGUUCUUUCGCCAUUCCGGACAUUCAUAGACCCCAGUCAACAUGUUGGGACACAGUAAUCGCCACCCAGGCAUUGAUGUUAGCGGCUCGCAAGCAGCACAGUGCCGCCCGAGAAGAGGUCCUAAUAAGAUCUUUGAAUUGGCUAAAAUCUCAACAGGCAACGGAUGGUUCAUUUUGCAAAGAUACCGGAGUACCGGAUAGUACCGGAGAUGAAGCAUCAAUCGCCGAGCUAACUGCUCAUACUCUACUACUAUUGGCUAGCAUGGAAAGCUUAUCCUGGCGAUACGUGUCAACGAUCGACCGUAGUAGAAGCUAUUUAAUUGCCAUCUCAUACAAUCUGGUAGAUCCGUACCAGCUAGCCUUGGUAGGGUACGCAUUGCAGUUCACAAAAAAGCAAGGUAGAGACGAAGAGAAGGACAGUGGUCAAUCGUUGGGCUUCAUCAUCAACCAAUUGCUGGCUCAGAAAAAGAGGAGCCCUUCGCAAACGAAGCACUGGUGGCGCUCCAACGUGAGCACGGAUCUGAUCGCAACAUCCUACGCGCUGUUUGUUUUCACCCAAAAAGGACUUCUCCUCGAUGCCGGCCCGAUCGUGAAUUGGAUCAAACAGCAACAGUACAGAGCGGAGACACCUUCCAUCACACCAAACACUCAUAUUGCUCUACGUGCGUUGAUUGCCUAUGCGAAAAGAACCAUAUUUCUUACUCCAACAUUCGUCGGGAAUGUGAUUGCAGAGGGCACGAAUAUGGAGCCCUUGGAAAUCCCUUUCGAUCAUCAGUCAGACAAACGAAGCAUUACGCUAUCGCCAACGACAAGAUCCGUGAGCUUCACCAUUAACGGCACCGUAGCGGGUUCCUUUGAAGUGGGCUAUAGCUACGCGGAAAACAUUGUAGUACACGCAACGAAGUUCGACAUAAAAGUGGUCAGGCUUAGUACCUCAUCCGACGACUACACGGACUGGAAUGUUUGCCUACGCUUCCUGCCGACAGGAUUCACCGAAAAAACCAAUAUGGUUUCGUGUGAAAUAUCCUUCCCUACCGGCUACAUUGCGCUUGAUGAUAGUGUCGCUGAGCUCCAACAAAUGGCCAACAUUGUCACAACUACAUUAAAAAAUGAAGAGACGGUUCUCCUCGUCAUCUUCGAGUUGAUCGGAUUGGACUGGGAGUGUUUCAACGUGACAGGAUUCCGUCAAACGAUCGCCCCUCGACAGCUGCCCGGAACGAUCAAGGUGUACGAUAUUACGGAUACCAGUAAGGUUGCGUUCCAAAACUUUGAUACCGUUAGUUAAGCAAUACAAACGAAUAACAAGGAGGUAGCUACGCUGCAAACGGUAAAAUUAGUAUGAUGAAAGACAUACUGCUUUGGGAAAAUAGUAUACCAAACUAAAAGGAAAAUCAGAAAACUUACAUUGUAUGAUGACUCAUCCCGUCCUGGUGGUCAGAGGGUGCACUCUGGUAUCCGAUGGAAUUCAGCGUAUUCAACUCCGCUAAGUAUAUUGUAACAUUGAUUGUCUCUUGGUACUUUGGAGUAUGAGCAUUUUAUAUGACUCUUCCUUCGCUGCAUUCUCAAUCUCAUAAAAGAUCAAUAAAACUUCUUUUAUCAACACCAUUC